AUGCAAUCUUGCACUAUGGCAAUUCAGAAACCAUCAUGGCUGGAGGCACUUGAAACACAAAGGUUCUUCAAUGGCUGCUUGGUGCAUGAGAAUGCGAGGAAGAACGAGAAGAACAUAUGUUGCUUAGACUGCUGCACAAGUAUAUGCCCUCACUGCGUAGCUGCGCACAGAAGCCACAGAUUAAUGCAGGUAAGAAGGUAUGUUUACCACGACGUUGUGAGAUUGGAAGACAUUGAGAAGCUCAUUGACUGUUCCAAUGUUCAGUCUUACACUCUCAACAGUUCCAAGGUGGUGUUCCUUAAGAAGAGACCUCAAAGUAGACAGUUCAAGGGUUCAGGAAAUUUCUGCACAUCCUGUGAUCGCAGCCUUCAAGAGCCUUAUAUCCACUGCUCUUUGGGUUGCAAGGUAGAGUAUGUGUUGAGCCAGGAAAAUGAUCUUUCUACAUAUCUAAGAAGAUGUGAUUCACUGCACUUGGGGCCUGACUUCCUCAUCCCACAGGAAGCUUAUGCUGGGGAAGAUGAGAUCAAUGAGACAACUCACUCUACUGUUGUUGAAGGUGAUGAGACUAUGGCUUCAUCAGAUUCAGAAAAUUUGAGCUAUCUUCUUAGAACGGAAAUAACUUACAGGAAGCGCAGUGGCCCAUACAGUUCAGCACCUGCAAGCCGCAUUGCCAAUGAGGAGCUGACAGCAAAUAUGAGCAGAAGGAAAGGCAUUCCACAGAGAUCUCCACUAAGUUGA